AUGUCUAAACCAACCGGAUUUUUGGUCCGAAAAGCUUCGGAACGUGGGCAUGCGAAUCACGGCUGGCUGGAUACACGGCAUACAUUCUCAUUUUCCGAUUAUCAUGACCCAAAAUGGAUGCAAUUCUCCGCACUUCGCGUCAUAAAUGAGGAUUUUAUUGCGCCGAAACGCGGAUUCGGCUCGCAUCCGCAUCGUGAUAUGGAAAUUUUGACGUACGUUCUGCAGGGCAGCGUAGAGCAUCAAGACAGCAUGGGAAAUGCCUAUCAGAUUCCGGCGCCCGAGUUCCAGUUGAUGUCCGCCGGAACGGGGAUCGUCCAUUCAGAAAAGAAUCCCGAUCCACAGGUGCUCCAUCUCUACCAAAUAUGGAUUCGACCGGAACGAACCGGAAUUACGCCCAGGUAUGAACAACGGAGAUUUGAGAGUGUCCCCGGAAAACAGCUAAUUUUAUCUCCAGAUGCGGCAGAAAACUCUUUGAAGGUCUAUCAGGACAUGCGCUUAUAUCGCUGGAACCUAAAUGCUGGAUCGACAGAGAGAAUUGAACUCAAGAAAAACCGAUGGUACUGGCUGCAAAUCGUAAAGGGGCGCGUAACGAUCGACGAAACCCUCAAACUCGAGACAAGUGAUGCUGUCGGCAUGAAAGAACAAGAUCUCAUAAACGUGUCUGCAGAGGCAGACACCGAAAUCCUGCUUUUCGACCUACCACCAGAA